AUGGAUUCUACGCCUUCUUUCAGACGCCUUGCCGUCGCUUCACUCCUUUGCCUGUCUCCCGCUCUCGUCUCCGCCCAGGCCGCCGAGAACAAGGCGGCCGAGCUGCAGGCCUGCUUGACCACCGCCGGCGUCCACAGCGUCAUCAACACCGACGCCACCUGGACCGACGAGACCACCGGCUUCCAGAAGCGCAUCAAGGUCGACCCGGCCGCCAUCUCGUUCCCCGAGAACAAGGACCAGGUCGCCCUCUCCCUCGACUGCGCCCGGAAUGCCUCCACCUCGGCCUCGCCUCUCGGCGCCCGCCACUCGUUCCAGGCCUACGGCUUCGGGAACCCGGGCAGCCUCGUGAUCAGCAUGGCCGCCUUCAACUCCGUGUCCUUCGACGCCGCCACCAACCGCCUCACCUACGGCGGCGGCUCCCACGUCGGCCCCGUCCUCAAGUACCUCUGGGACAACCACGGCCGCCACUUCCCCCACGUCCGCGGCGCCCACGUCGGCCUCGCCGGCUCCAGCAUCGGCGGCGGCUACGGGUCCUCCUCCCGCCACCUCGGCACCCCCAUGGACAACCUCGAGUCCGUCGAGUACAUGCUGUACAACGGCACCAUCGUCAACGCCGCCAGGGGCUCCGACCUCUUCUGGGCCGCCCAGGGCGCCGGCGCCUCGUACGGCGUCCUCCUCUCCGUCACCACCAACACCCACAAGCCCCUCUUCGACACCGCCAUCAACUUCACCAUCGCCGCCGGCAACCUGGACGCGGACGCCGUCGCCAGGUCCGUCGUCGCCAUCCAGGACUUUGCCCUCUCCAAGGACUCCCCCGACGAGCUCGCCCUCCGCUGGUCCUUGUCCGGGCCCCCCUACACCGGCACCGGCUACUUCUACGGCAACCCCGCCGAGUUCGACGCCGUCAUCGCCCCUCUCGUCAGCUCCCUGAACGAGAUCGCCGGCAAGGUCAACGUCAGCAAGACCGAGCUCCCCUUCUGGGACUUGGAGGUCGCCGUCGCCGGCCAGGGCAUGAACCAGCCCGAGGGCGGCACCCUCGGCGGGCGCUCGUUCUACACCCAGGCGCUGACCACCACCACCGACUACCCGCUCACGGUCGAGCAGGCCAAGAUCCUGUUCGAGAGCACCACGCUGGCCUUCAACCGCACCGACCUCCGCAAGUCCGGCUUCCUCGACCUCUGGGGCGGCGUCUCGCGCGACAUCGCCGACGAGGACACCAGCUACGCCCACGGCAAGAACCUCUGGCUCAUCCGCUGGGAGGCCAACUCGGUCGACGUCAACAACUACCCGGCCGACGGCCCGGCCUACAUGAAGUCGCUCAUCAAGCCCUUCGAGGACGCCCUCGUCGCCGGCGGCAGCCCCCUCCGCGGCUUCGUCAACUACGCCGACACGGAGCUCUCCGAGGCCGAGUGGUCUUCGCGCCUCUACGGCGCCAACUUUGAGCGCCUCAAGCAGCUCAAGACCGUCUACGACCCCGAGGGUGUCUUUGUCAACCACAAGCAGGCCAUCCCCCUGCCUUGA